GUCCCAGCUCAGAUCUCCCCCCACCUCCCAACCCCCGCGAGCUCGCGGCGCGUCACUCCUCCGUCCAGAUCUCCGGAUCUCCCCCCUCCACCGAGGCGGGGCUCGGGCGGCUGCGGCGAGAUGCUCCGCCUCAGGGCGUUCCGGCCCACCGGCGACAAGGUGGUGAAGAUCCAGCUCCACCCCACGCACCCGUGGCUCGUCACCGCCGACGCCAACGACCGCGUCUCCGUCUGGGACUGGGAGCACCGCCAGGUGAUCUAUGAGCUGAAGGCAGGCGGCGUCGACGAGCGGCGGUUGGUCGGAGUUAAGCUUGAGAAGCUCGCCGAGGGAGAUACUGAUUCGAAAGGAAAGCCCACUGAGGCCAUCCGAGGGGGAAGUGUAAAGCAGGUUAGCUUUUAUGAUGACGAUGUUCGCUUUUGGCAACAUUGGCGCAAUUGCUCUGCUGCUGCUGAGGCUCCAACUGCGGUCAAUCAACAAUCAUCCGCUUUCAGUGCUCCUGCACCAUCUACAAGAGGACGGCAUUUUGUUGUAAUUUGUUGCGAGAACAAAGUAAUAUUUUUGGAUUUGGUGACUAUGCGUGGUCGUGAUGUUCCUAAGCAAGAGCUUGACAACAAGUCACUUCUAUGUAUGGAAUUCCUAAACAGGUCAUCUUCUAGUGAUGCUCCUCUGGUUGCAUUUGGCGCUUCUGACGGAGUGAUAAGAGUUCUUUCAAUGUUGACAUGGAAGCUUGUUCGAAGGUAUACAGGUGGACACAAAGGAGCAAUAUCUUGCUUAAUGACAUUCAUGUCUGCAGCCGGUGAGGUACAUUUAGUUUCUGGUGGUAGUGAUGGUCUACUGAUAUUAUGGAGUGCUGAUCAUAUCCAUGACUCUCGUGAGCUUGUCCCUAAGAUUAGUUUGAAGGCUCAUGAUGGAGGUGUAGUUGCUGUUGAACUUUCACGGGUAAUGGGAAGUGCUCCACAACUCAUUACAAUAGGCGCUGAUAAAACUUUAGCCAUAUGGGAUACUGUUACAUUUAAGGAAAUAAGACGUAUUAAACCAGUACCUAAACUUGCUUGCCACAGUGUUGCAUCGUGGUGUCAUCCUCGUGCACCAAACCUUGAUAUUCUGACUUGUGUUAAGGACUCCCAUAUAUGGGCCAUAGAACAUCCAACCUAUUCUGCUUUAACAAGACCGCUCUGUGAAUUGUCCUCGCUUGUUCCUCCACAAGUCCUUGCACAGCACAAGAAACUGAGAGUUUACUGCAUGGUGGCACACCCCUUGCAACCACAUCUUGUUGCUACUGGAACUAAUAUUGGUAUUAUUUUAAGCGAGUUCGAUCCAAGAGCACUUCCUGCCGUUGCUCCUCUACCAACACCAGCAGAAAGCAAGGAACACUCUGCUGUUUACAUUGUUGAAAGAGAACUUCAGCUGCUAAAUUUCCAAUUGUCAAACACAGCAAAUCCCUCCCUUGGAAAUGCUGGUGUCACAUCUGAAACGGGAAGGUCAAGGAAUGACUCUGUAGAACAUUUGGUAGUAAAGCAGACCAAGAAGCAUAUCAGCACGCCUGCUCCUCAUGAUUCCUAUUCAAUUCUUUCAGUUAGCAGCUCUGGAAAGUAUGUUGCAAUUAUAUGGCCAGACAUCCCUUCAUUUGCUAUAUACAAAGCAAGUGAUUGGUCAGUUGUUGAUUCAGGUACAGGGAAGCUCUUUGCUUGGGACACCUGCCGUGAUAGAUAUGCUUUGGUAGAGAGUACAUUGCCUCCAAGGAAUCCACUUAUUGUGAAGGGCGGUUCUUCUAAAAAGGCAAAGGAAGCAGCUGCUAUUGCAGCUCAAGCUGCUAUUGCAGCAGCUAGUGCUGCUUCUUCAGCCACAGUACAAGUGCGCAUCUUAUUGGAUGAUGGAACGGCACAUGUUUUGCAGAGAUCCAUUGACAGCCGCAGUGAACCGGUGAUUGGCUUACAUGGUGGUGCCUUGCUUGGCGUCACAUACCGUACAUCUCGUAGAAUCAGUCCUGUUACAGCAACAGCUAUAUCAACUGUUCAAUCUAUGCCCUUAUCAGGUUUUGGAGGAAGUGGAUCAUCAUUUGCUUCAGAUGAUCCAUUUUCCUCCAAAGAAGGACCGCCUCAAAAUUUCCAGUUAUACAGCUGGGAGACCUACCAACCUGUUAGCGGCCUACUUGCACAGCCUGAGUGGACCGUGUGGGACCAAACCGUUGAGUAUUGUGCAUUCGCUUAUCAGCAAUAUAUUGUAAUUUCUUCCUUGCGGCCCCAAUUUAGGUAUCUUGGAGAUGUUUCAAUUCCCUUUGCUACUGGUGCUGUUUGGCAUCGUAGACAGUUGUUUGUGGCUACGCCAACCACCAUUGAGUGUGUCUUUGUUGAUGCGGGUGUGGCUACCAUUGAUAUUGAAACAAAAAAGAAGAAAGAAGAAAUGAAGGCAAGAGAAGCUCAGAGUCGGGCUGCUGCAGAACACGGAGAUUUGGCUCUUAUUACAGUUGAAGGUCCCAAGAUUACCACAUCUGAAAAAAUAACGUUAAGACCUCCAAUGUUGCAGGUUGUUCGGUUAGCCUCCUUUCAGUAUGCUCCAUCUAUACCACCAUUUAUAGUGCCAAAGCAAUCAAAGUUAGAUGGAGAAGAUUCAGUGUUUCAGAAAGAAUUGGAUGAUAGAAGAUAUGCUGAAGUUGCUGUUGCUGGAGGAGGGGUAUCUGUUGCAGUAACCCGCUUCCCUCCCGAGCAGAAAAGACCUAUUGGACCCCUUGUUGUGGUUGGUGUUAGAGAUGGAGUCCUAUGGCUUGUUGACAGGUAUAUGUGUGCACAUGCCUUGUCUCUAAGCCAUCCUGGUAUUAGAUGUCGGUGCCUUGCAGCAUAUGGAGAUCCAGUUAGUGCUGUGAAAUGGGCCACUAGACUUGGCCGGGAGCACCAUGAUGACCUGGCUCAGUUUAUGCUGGGAAUGGGCUAUGCCACUGAAGCGCUUCAUUUACCUGGAAUUUCUAAGAGGUUAGAGUUUGAUCUUGCAAUGCAAAGCAAUGACUUGAAAAGAGCACUUGCAUGCUUGUUGACUAUGAGCAAUAGCCGAGAUGUGGGACAAGAAACUACGGCUACCGAUGUUACACAGAUUCUUAAUUUAGCAGUGGCUAAGCAAGCUAAGCAAGAAAGUAUGGCAGAUGCCGUGCAGGGAAUAGUGAAGUUUGUCAAGGAAUUUUUCGACCUUAUCGAUGCUGCAGAUGCCACCGGACAGGCUGAGAUUGCUCGUGAAGUUCUAAAGAGAUUGGCUGCUGCAGCUUCUGUAAAGGGUGCUCUGCAUGGGCAAAUGCUACGAGGUCUGGCACUCCGCCUUGCGAACCAUGGAGAGCUUACUAGGCUGUCGGGUUUGGUAACUAAUUUGAUCACAGCUGGCCAUGGGCGUGAAGCUGCAUUUGCAGCCGCAGUUCUCGGAGAUAACGCCCUCAUGGAAAAAGCAUGGCAAGACACAGGAAUGCUGGCUGAGGCUGUUUUGCAUUCUCAAGCCCAUGGUCGUCCAUCAUUAAGGAACUUAGUCAUAGCAUGGAACAAGAUGCUACAGAAGGAGCUGGAUCACACCCCCACUGUAAAAACUGAUGCCGCUGCAGCAUUUCUGGCCUCUCUUGAGGAUCCAAAGCUCACCAGUUUGGGAGAAACGGAGAAAAAGCCACCCAUUGAAAUACUUCCUCCUGGGAUGCCUCCUCUGUCCGCACCCCCCAUUGUAAUUAAGAAGUCCGCUGUGAAACCUGGCCAGCCUAAUGCAGCGCAGGCUCCAACUGCAGCUAUUGGUGCUCCCAUGGCUCAAGGCACUCCUAUGGUUCAAGGCACUCCAAUGGUUCAGGGCACUCCAAUGGCUCAAGGCACUACUGGAGAUCAGGGAGCUCCUAUGGCUCAAGGUGCUCUUGCUCAAACACAGAACUCUGAAGAGGCAAAACCAUCAGAAGGCGCAGCAGCGCCUGAGAAUGCAGAGAAAACAGCAGCUCCCGACAAUGCUGAACCAACCACCACCUCUGGUAAUGCCGAACCUACUGCAGAACCAGCGACAGCCCCAGGUAAUGUAGAAGCUACAACAGCACCAGCGACGACAGACGCAACGGGUACUCCUGACACUGCCACUCCUGCUCCGGCAGCUGAUUCUAAUGGCACCGACCUACCUGCGGCAACUCCAAGUCAAGUUACAAAUGGUGCACCUUCUACCGAGGCACCGGAGACAGCAGAUAAGCCAUCUUCAACAGAGCCAUCACCAUCACCAGCACCACCCAUACCCAAUGUUACUGCUGUAUAAAAUUUGUCCGAUUUAUUCCAUUCUUUUUAGAAGUGUGCCAGUUUUUUUCAUAUGCUGAUGUAUUCGUUCCACUGUAAGUUUUUCUACUGGUAUAGUUUUUGUAUUCAGAUACCGUGGGCAGAAUGUGAGUAGCCCUGUACAUCUACUGUCCGCGUCCCAGAAGAGAACUACCGAGCAUUGUGUGACAGCUGUCUGUGAUUAAUCAAGAGACGUAUUAAAGUUUUGCUUGA